UUUGUAAACCUGAUAAUAGAAGCCGUUGGUUUAAAACCCUAAUUAGGGUUUAUCUCAUAUCAUACUAUCUAUCCAUUCCCCUUCUAAAUCCCCGAAUCCAAUCAUUCGUUCCAGUGGAAGAUUUUUAAAUCCACUCGUUCUAAUUUCUAAUAAAAUAAUAAUAGCAAUAUCAGUUCAAUUUUUUUUUUUUUUUUAGAUUCUUUUUGAGAUGAAUACUAAUAACAAUAAUUCAAAAGAAGUAAUUCAAAGUGUAAACAAUGGAAGAAUAACAUGGGAAGGCUGCAGCGUUUUGCUUGAUGUUAAUGAUGGCGAUCGCCUUCUUUUCUCUCGCCUUACCCCCGGAUCGAUUGUUAAAAUUGGGAAUAAGAAUUAUCCGCUUCAUCCGUUGAUCGGGUGUCCGUUUGGUUCGUUGUUUCAAGUCGAGAAUGGAAUUAAUGGUCCUUGUUUGUCUCGUGUCACUUCCACCGCCAAUGCCACACAAGGAGCUAAUAAUAGUGAAGACAAAAUGGAAUGUGAGUCAAAGGACGAGUCAAGAGACAACCGUGCGUUGGUUGAUAAUAAUACGGCUCAGACACUCACCGGUGAUGAUAUAGAAGGAUUGCGAAGACAGGGUGCGAGUGGGAAUGAAAUAGUUGAAGCUCUUAUUGCCAACAGUGCAACAUUUGAGAAUAAAACAUCCUUUUCACAAGAAAAAUACAGGCUAAAGAAACAAAAGAAGUAUGCUCCGAAGGUACUCUUGAGACGGCCCGUUGCGCGGAGUAUAUGUGACACGUACUUCAAGAAGUAUCCAGCAAGAAUCGGGUUCUUACGAGUUGAUACAUUGUCUCUUCUUCUAUCAUUUGCUAAUGUCACUGCACAAUCUGAUGUCCUUGUGGUCGAUAUGGUUGGCGGUAUGGUUACUGGUGCUGUUGCAGAGCGCCUUGGAGGUACCGGUUAUGUGUGCAGCACCUAUCGUGGAGCUUCUCCCCAUUCCAUUGAGAUAGUAAGAAUGUUCAACUUCGGUGAUGAAAUUAACAAAAGGAUUGUGCGGUUACCUCUUGCUGAACUUUCUGCUCCUCAAAAUGUAGAUUUAGAAGAAAAUGGUCUGCUUCAAGAUGCCAGUAUUGUUGAUAUCCCGCCCAACGAGAUUGAUGAAUCAUUAUCUACCCGUCCAUGUUCACUGCCUGUUAGCAUGGAAGAGACCACAGUAUCAUCAGAAGAUGGGAGAUUGAGUACCCAGAGUCAGAAAGUUGCUCCAAAAUUACAUAAAGCUGCACAACCAGGAGAGAAAGCUCCUGAAGAUGCUGUUAAGUUGUGGAAAGAAAAUGGAUUUUCAAGCCUCAUAAUUGCUGCUCCAGACAUGGAUGCUUGGAGUAUUGUGAAAGAGGUUCUGCCGUAUCUAGCCUUUUCGGCUCCCUUUGUGAUAUAUCACCAGUAUCUUCAGCCAUUAGCAACAUGCAUGCACAAUCUCCAGGUUGAGAAGUUAGCGAUUGGGCUGCAAAUUACGGAACCCUGGCUACGUGAAUAUCAGGUUCUUCCUUUAAGAACUCACCCGCACAUGCAAAUGAGUGCUUUUGGUGGAUUUGUGUUGAGUGGCACCAAAAUCUACAAUGACAAGCAACCUAAUAAGUGAAUCCGACUUUAACGAGCUACUCACUCGUGGGUAAGUAGUGUAGUCGCAUGGUAAGCUGAUUGGUGUGGUGAUUUCGUUCUAAAACUUAAGUGUGGUUAAGACAGGGAAUGUCUUUGUGACUGAUGGUCACGUGUAUUGUAAUUUUGGUUUAUUUUUUUGAACAAAUGUAAUUUAGGUUUAUUUUUUUUUAACAAAUUUAAUUUAGGUUUAGUAUUGGUCCAUUCUCGAUUUAAGUUAUACGAGUAUAUGGGUGAGGCACUCUCGCAAAUCUCUGAUAAUGCCUCCACCGAUACUAGAUUUAUUGUAGACGUUUGUUAUCUUCUGUAUCAAACUUUUUGGUCAAGUUGAAAUGCGAAGCAACAAAAAUAUAUCUUGUAUGUUAACUUUGAGGUUUAGUUUA